UAAAGCAAAGCUCUCUCGUCUCAAACUUCUCUCUUUAGCGUUUUUCGGUACCACCACAAGCUAAAAGAAGCUCUCACUGCCCUCACCUCCUCACACAUUAUUUCACCGAUCCGGGCUCAGCCAACCUGCGCCGUUGUGUCUCGGUAAUGCAGUGCUUCAUGCGCCAACCACUAACCUCUUUCUCAACUUUUUCCACAGAAAUCUGAAGGUCACCUAUGGCAUCCAAAAAUGACUGGUGGCGGGCGAUCCAAGAGUAUGACUUCAAUGAUGCAUACUUCAACGACGUUAGUUUUAGCAAUGACUGUAAAGAUAAUGAUGAUGACUAGACCGAUUCAAAGUCCAAACGUGAAGAAGAAGCAGAGUUUAAUUUAGUGAAUCCUAUAGUCGGGGAGAUGUUUGCAUACAUGCAGUGGCAUUAUGAUAAAUAGCCAAUGCAAACAAGUACGUUGACUGGCAAGGCGUAUAUGGAUGAAGUCACUAAAGGUAAUCCAAUUAAGUGUUACGAGAUGUUCCGCAUGACACCUGAAUUACUGUUACAUUUAGUGGAUGAGUUGGCUCAACAUGGUUACUUGAGGGACGAACAUGGUGAGGUGAAUGCCACUCAGGCCGUCGCCAAGUUAUUGUACAUACUUGGACACAACACCCGCUUUAGACCUAUUGCAGACAGGUUUCAACACUCAACAAAAACCGUGUGUCGGCAUUUUUGUAAGGCAUUGCGAGCUGUCCACUACUACACGAAGCAUUUAAUUAAACCUAAUCAGAAUGUCAUAGGCCUUCCCAAACAUCUUCAAGUGAACAAGUACUGGUCAUGGUUUGAGAGAUGUAUAGGAGCAAUUGAUGGAACGCACAUGAGUGCCCGACCUCCUACAAAUGCGACUCAAGCACACAAGGACCGCAAGAGCCUUAUAACAACUAAUGUGUUGUGUGUGUGUAACAUAGAUUCCCAUGGCCACCAACAGGGUCGUACUACUUGGUGGAAUCAGGUCUACCAAUUGGCACUAGUUUUCUCCCCCCCUCACAAGUCAACUAGGUACCAUGCGUAGGAAUUCCACUCAAGCAGUAGACGGAUAACAUCAAAGAAAGAGUUGUACAACUACAGGCACUCAUCCUUGCAGAAGGUUAUUGAGCGGUCUUUUAGAGUGCUGAAGGCCCAUUUCCCCAUUUUGAAUUUAAUGCCAAACUUCAAGCAAAUUAGGCAGCAUUACGUGGUUAUUGUGUAUUGUGCUCUACACAAUUUCAUACGUAUGAACAAUCGGAGUGAUGAAUUGUUCGGAACAAUAGGGGAAAGUGUUGGCAAAGCUAGUGCGACCAAUAGCGAAGGCAGUGGCAAUGCUGGAGCAUCAACAAGCUCAGCGACCCAAAGGCAUAUACUAGAAAUGUCAAGUGCAUCGAAGAGAGCAAUGGGCCAAUUUAGGAAAAAUAUCACUGACACAAUGUGGGAUGAUUAUGUUACCCGUGGCAAUGUGAGAUGAUUAUAUGUUGAAAAUGGUAAUUGACCAUUUACUUUGCUACAUAAAAAUGCUAUGGCUUUGCAGCGUAAUUGUUUUGGCACUAUAAUAUGUGAUGGAAAUAUUAAUUUACGUAGGUGGAUGUAUAACUUAGUUUAACUUGUAACAUUACUACAUUAUUUUGGAAUGACAUGACAACAUGUAGA